CACCCCACGCGCAAUCAAUAGCACCCCCUUCCCUCUAUAGCAUGUAUAUAUACAUUUAUUAUCCCUCGUUCUCCAACACAUCAAUAUUCGAUCUCCUCCAUAUUUAACACUAUAGCUCUCUCUCUUGAUCAGAAACAUUAAUUCACCCAACCUCUCUACCAAAACCCCUCUCUCUCUCUCUCUGUCUCUCUUCUCUCUGUCUCUCUCUCUCUGUCUGUGCCAGUGACCUGCUUAAAAACACAGCAGCAACACGUUUUUCUGAGAAGAUUAUCAAUGGAGAUGGAGUCUUGUGUACCGCCGGGCUUUAGAUUUCACCCAACGGAGGAAGAACUCGUGGGUUACUACCUUGCGAGAAAGAUUAACUCACUGAAAAUCGAUCUAGAUGUUAUUGUUGACAUUGAUCUCUACAAAAUGGAGCCAUGGGACAUCCAAGCCAGAUGCAAGCUAGGGUAUUAUGAACAGAAUGAGUGGUACUUCUUCAGUCACAAAGAUAAGAAGUAUCCAACUGGAACGCGGACUAAUAGAGCCACUGCUGCUGGAUUCUGGAAGGCAACGGGAAGGGACAAGGCCGUGCUCUCCAAGAACCGAAUCAUAGGGAUGAGAAAGACUCUGGUGUUCUACCAAGGACGAGCACCCAAUGGUAGGAAAUCUGACUGGAUCAUGCAUGAAUAUCGUCUCCAAACAACUGAGCAUGGACCUCCUCAGGCAAAAGGAUGGGUCGUGUGUCGGGCAUUCAAGAAGCCCACUCCUAAUCAUAGACAAGGUUUCGAAGCUUGGACUCAUGCCUACUAUGUCAGAGAAAACAGCCAAGUUAGCCGGCCUCCGUCAUUUUCAGAUUUCGCAAGCACAACAGAUCAAGUGGUUCAUCCAAACAUUCAAGCUCCAGCUUUUCAUGAACCCAUCAGUUCAGCACAACAAGAGCUUGUUUGCAGCCACAAUGUUUUGGACAGCCAGCUUCUUGAGCUACCGCAACUAGGUAGUCCCACUCUAUCAACAAGUUUGGCAACAAAGGAAGGGUUUCAUCAUCAGCAUAAUGGUUUAGCCAUCGAAGAUUUCGAAGAGGAAAGGAGCAUCAGCAGCCAAUAUAUUGACUGGAGAAAUUUGGAUAACUUACUAGCAUCACAGUUUCCUGGCACAACAUCCUUUUCCCAUCAAAACUUGCCAUUAAUAUCCCAGAACAAUGAGCUUGAAGCUCAAAGCAAUGCAUGCUUUCCUGACUUAUAACAAAAGAUCAUGCAUGCAUAAACGCAAUCUAUAUUAAUUAAGAUAAUGGCUGAUCAUCAUAAUAACAGUCCGUGUCUGCUAGAGUUAAGAAUUGUUGAAUUCCCGUUUAGAAUUGUCAAAGAGAGUCCACACUAAAACACACACUCAUAAAUUAGAGGAAGAGUACUGCAUUUGAUGCGAUAAAGGGAGACUUCCUACAGAGAAAACUAUCUCAUGAUACUAUUUUAGGGCUCUAGGUGAAAGUUUUUAUUCACCAUCCUACUUGUUUGUGCUAUUUUGUAAUUGUAAAUUGUGCUCCAUUAAUUACAUGCAUUAAUUUGUACUCAAUGAGUUUUCUUUUGUUGUAAAAUUGCAUUUUGUACAUUAUCCAUCAGUACUCUGGAACAUAAUGCAAUUAUGACUUCUUCUUUUU